AUGAGAAUAUUCUCUUCUAUGCUCCUUUUCGGAGUGUUUUUUACGUCUUCUCUAGCGGCUGGAACUUAUGCCUUACAUAAAACAUGCACUGAUGAGUAUCCACGUCUACGGUACAUACUCUUAGAAGCUCAGGGUAUGGCUCGGUUAGCCACAGAAAGCAUAGAAAACUGGGAUGAAAUGUCGGAUGAGCUUAAGCAUGGCUUUGAGUUCAUUUUCGAGAGACGAAGUUUUAAUGAUGGCAUCCAAGAUGAGGAGAGUAAAGAGGAGGAAAGUCCAGGACCUCGCGUAACCGAAACCCCGCGGAUGUUUAGAACAAUGGUAUCACAGAUUUUUAAACGUGUCGACGAUUUUCAGGAAACUGAUUGGGAGUCGGGAGAGAUUCAUAUAUACUGCAACGAGGAUCGAUGGAGGGAACUACAGGACGAUGAACAGUACGAUGAUAGGAUAAGGCGACAUUUUCCCAAUGGCAGCAUCCCGGUCAACCUACGCAACUCUAACCGUCUACCUAAUGAUCGGCUCUGGAUUGAUCGUGAGAACGGUUAUUGGCACAGGGGUCCACCAGAGUGCUCCCAUAGUAGCACCCUUUUUGGAAGAUACGAGGACACACCGUCUAGGGGCCCAUACGGGAUCACCAUAACAUGGUGCGCAAAAAAUUGGCCCCACGGCCAACGAUUUCUCAUUGAUCUCCUUUUGGAACAGGAAGAUUUCUCUACUACUACGAUUGAUAACAUACUUUCACAGCAUUUAAGUCCUGUGUUCUUAUAUGGGCUACUACUUACGCCGCGAUUUGACCUACGUGAAAUGACUGCUGGCUGGGCAGGUAGUAAAAGGUUAUCGGCGGAAGAGGCCCUUAUCAAUAUUGGAAGCCAUGUAUUAUUUGGUCUUUUGUCCUUUUUGAACGAGUUACAUGUUUUUAUUGAUGAAAAGCAUGCCAGACUAGGGUAUCUAGUGGAAAAACAUGAUUAG